GGACUGUACUGCACAGUGAGAACACGACAGACACUGCAGAGAGAGAAAACAAGUACAUCUGAGGAACAAGGCUAGGAGAACCACUCGACUGCAGCAGUGAUCUCGGUCAGAGAGAAAAAACUAAACAAAAGGAACCGGGUCUACAAAGAUACACUGACUAAAAGUCUGACAGAGACCGGAGUGAUAGACCCAGCGCUUAUAGAGCGUUAUAACACUCCAGGGUUCAUAGGCUGUCUGUCACGCGUCCAGUUCAACGGAGUCACACCCCUGAAAACAGCCCUAAGAAACCUUGUAGCAGACAGACCGAUAGACAGACAUCCAGACAAACCGACAGACAGACAGUCUGUGCCAGUGUCCUACCAGGGUAAGCUGGUAGAAUCUAAAUGUGGAGCCUCGCCUCUCACCAUCCACCAAUGUCUGCUGCCACCGAUCCUUGGCGCCUGGACUCAGGUGCAGAGUUCCCAUUUAAUGAAGAGAGAGUGAUCCCAGAUGGAGUCAACAGGAACUCAGCCAUUAUAGGAGGUAUCAUUGCCGUGGUGAUCUUCACCAUCCUGUGCACGCUGGCGUUCCUGAUUCGCUACAUGUUCCGUCACAAGGGCUCCUACCACACCAAUGAGUCGAAAGCGGCGGAGCCAGCCAGUGGCGAAUCAGCUGACACCACCAUCAUCGGCACCGACCCCAACCCAGAGACCAUCGACGAAUCAAAGAAAGAGUGGUUCAUCUAACUGCCAAUAGAAAGACAGAGAGAGAGAAGGGGUGGCUGUGUAUCUAACCAACAACCACAUGAGAAAUGGAGAGUGGGAGGUUCAUUUAUUGACCAAUCACAGGAGAGAUGGAAAGAAAUGUCAUCCAAUAGUGUACCUACUGAAUGGAGGAGGGGGUGGAAGUGGGUAAAGAAUGGUGUACAGAAAUCAGAUUUUUUUUCAUAAAAGCAGAAGAAAGAAGAGAGUCUAUUGGAACGUUGCGUUGAGAGACUAAAUCUGUACAUAGUAACUGAUGAGUCCUUCUUUGUAUUGUAUUUGGGAGUUGUCAGGAGUCCUUUGAAUACAUAAUAGAUAGACAGAUCUGGAUCAAAUACAUAUCUCAAGUACAUUAAAAUGCCAUUGAUUCAGCUUGGAGUUUGCACUUUUGGGACUAUUCUGUUGUCUCCAUUGUACCAAACUACUUUUGGGACUAUUCUGUUGUCUCCAUUGUACCAAACUAAAUCAAACUCAAUUAGCACAGCUCAAGUUAUUUGACUUAUGUAUUUGACCUCUGUAUAUUAAUAAUAAUAACCACUGGAUCAUACACUGGCACAGACUUGUUUGUUUUUUAAAGGGGCAAUCAGGAGUUGCUACAUCCAUUUUUGGACUUAUAKAUUCAUUAUAUGUACCCAUUCAUUCUUGAAGAAUGUAACUUAUAAAUGUCUCAUGAGCUUAGUUCAACUGUCAUACCCAAUCAGAACCUGAAAUAUA